AUGUCUCAGCAUCUAAUUGAUUCCACAUCUACAGAAAUGGAUGUUGAUGAAGGUCGUGACUGGGACAUCUUUGACAUCAAUGAAGCGGCGGGGCUGGACCUGCUGGAGGGAGAUAUCGAACAGGACGAUGCAUUCAGAAACUCCAGAAUAGGUGACAAGUAUCGCUGGCCAACAACCAUUCCCUACUACCUAGAGGACAGUCUGGAGAUCAAUGCAAAGGGAGUGAUCCUGAAGGCAUUUGACCAGUACAGACUGAAGACCUGCAUUGACUUCACACCACGGAAAAGAGAGAAGAACUACAUCUCUGUGUACAAAGGGAAGGGAUGUUCCUCCUCUGUGGGGAACCAGCGUAAGGGGAAGCAGCAGCUGUCCAUUGGUGAAAGGUGUGACACACUAGGAAUCGUUGAGCAUGAGUUUCUGCAUGCUCUGGGCUUCUGGCACGAGCAGUCCAGAGCUGACCGAGAUGAUUACGUCAACAUCAUAUGGGGAAACAUCAAAACUAAUCAUACACACAACUUCAAGAAAUACGAUGACACAGUGUCCAGUGCUCUUGGUGUUCCCUACGACUACGGCUCUGUAAUGCACUACAGCAAGACAAGUUUCACCAAGAACUCUGAGCCCACCAUCGUCACCAAGAUCCCCCAGUUCAUGGAUGUGAUCGGUCAGAGGAUGGGGCUCAGUGCUAGUGACCUAACCAAGCUCAACCGUCUCUACAACUGCACCAAGUCUUCUACCUUUGUGGACAGCUGUGACUUUGAGGAGGACAACAUUUGUGGGAUGAUUCAGGGUCCCGGCAAUGCAAAGUGGGAACGACUCACUUGUGCUCGUGGAGGGCCUCAGACUGACUUCUCCAACAUGGGACAAUGCAAAGGAAAAGGCUACUUCAUGCACUUCAGCACAGCCUCUGCUAAAUCUGGUGCCCGUGCUCUACUGGAGAGUCGCUGGUUUUACCCCAAACCUGGAGCCCAGUGUCUGCAGUUCUUCCUCUAUAACAGCGGGGCAGCUGAUGAUGUUCUCAAUAUCAAGGUGCGACAGUAUGACAUGGCCAACCCCAGCGGUAAACUGAAGUUCUUCAAGAGAAUUUCAGUUCUCCUUACAGGAGGUGUUAUGGGCUCCUGGGAACUGCAUAACAUCAAUCUGGAUAUGACACAGAAGGCCCGUGUGGUUUUUGAGGGCGUGAGGGGAAAGAAAAGUUCAAAUGGAGGUUUCUCGCUGGAUGACAUUAACCUGUCAUCCACAAAGUGUCCUCAACACACCUGGCACGUCCGCAACAUCAGCUGCCUGCUUGCCACCACGUCAGCAGAAAAACCACUGUACAGCCCUCGCUUUCUGUCACCAGCAGGUUACUCCUUUCAGGUCAGUGUGUACAUGAACAGGAGAAAAGACCGUUCAGAGUACUUGGCCAUCUUCUUCAGCCUGACCUCAGGCCCUAAUGAUCACAACCUCAAGUGGCCAUGUCCAUGGCGACAGGCAACCAUCGCCCUGAUGGAUCAGCAGUCUGACAUCAGACAGCAAAUGAACAUGCACCGCAUGUUCACCACUGACCCCAAGAAGAAGUCCUCUGAUGGCACUGAGUACUUCUGGGAUAAUCCCAAGAAGGUGGGGUCUCGAGUAAAUGAGUCUAAUGGCAGCUUUUACUAUCGAGGUCCAGGCUGGGGAUGGUCACAAUUCAUCAGCCACAGCAGCCUAAAGAGCAGAAACUUCAUCAAAGGAGACGAUGCCUUCUUCCUCCUCAGUCUGGAAGAUAUCUCUCAUCUCCUGGUAUCUCAGCCUCUUCCCCGCUCUGCAGUCCAAGCUGACGCCGAUCUAAUGAUGGCUGCAGACCAAGGUGCUCCGCAGGGAGCAGGGAUGAGCAGGAGUAGGAGACAGCAGGAGAUCGAAAAGGUGCCGAUCAUACAGGACAUGUCCUGAUUCACAGAAUGGCAGACGUCCCACGAUCUACCAUCUCCUCUCACCACUCCAUGAUGUCCCGAUCAGAGAAAGCAAUCAGCACUAACAAGGCAAGAGAUCACAUUACUACAUGAUCUCUACAACCAUGGGCACCAAAUUAUAGUUAAAAGUGGAGGAGCGGAGGGUCUGGGGCUCCUCUCUAUGUCUAUUAUUUUACCAAGCCACUUUGCAUGAAACCACGCCCACUUCCGCAUGACGAAA